AUGCGGAUUCCUUCACAAAGUGCAUCCAAGACGCUGCAAGAGAAACGAUCCCGGUACAGUUCUGUAUGUGUCGCGCGCAGCACUGGUGACUUCAACCAGGGAAAGCGUCUUAGAAGGAACUUGCGUCGCCAACUGGAACAAGACCGAGAUAACGAGUGGGCGUCAAGAGCGAAGGAGUUGGAAAAGGAGGACAAGAACCCGCGGAAAGAGCUGAUUUAUUAA